ACCGGGAUGUGCCCGGGCCCGGCCCCCGCGGCGGCACUGACGGAUGUGGUAAUUCUAGAAGCUAUGGAUAUACUCUUCAGAAUAAGAGGAGGCUUGGAUCUUGCAUUUCAGCUGGCAACUACUGAUGAGGCAUCAACAAAAAAGACAUUAGGAUAUGUUUUCAGUGAUCUUGCAAACAAAUUGUCCUCAGAGUUUCUUGUACUAAGAAUUUGCCACAGUUCAGUCUAUGUGUGGCCCAACAAUGGUAUGACCACAGUUCCAGAGCUGACUGACGAGUCUGCAUGUAAGGAGAUAACACGGUUUAUACAAUUUGAUCAAGAUGAUGAGACCAAACGAAAGCUUGGCAAGAAGAAGGAUAAGAAGUUACAAGAUACGCAGCAGAUAGUCAAUGUAGACCUCAUGUUGGAAAUGACUUCUUCAUUAGCUGCUUUGGCUCCAGUCAUUGAAAGGGAAAAUAAGGAACACCACUACAUAAGUAUGACAUUGCCAGUUGAUGUUGUGGUAUCUGUUUCUCCAGAAGAAACGUGGGGAAAGGUACAAAAUCUCCUGGUGAAAGCAAUUCACAGGCAAUUAAAUGACAUGGAAAGAUGUAUCAUGAAAUACGUGAAAGGAACAUCAAUUGUGGUACCAGAACAGUUUCAUUUCAUGUUACCAGGAAAAAAUCAGCUUGUAACAAUCUCAUAUCCUACAGGUAUUUCAGAUGAUCAACUGGAAAGUUACAGAAAGGAAUUGCAUGGGUUAUACAAUCUGCCUUGUGACAGACCGUAUUUCAAGAGAGCAAAUGCUUAUCAUUUUCCAGAUGAACCAUAUAAAGAUGGAUAUCUCAGAAAUCCACACUUGCAUCUUAAUUCACCUGGUAUGGAGUCUGGUAUGGUUUAUUUAGUCCAUGGUGUGUAUAGUUAUCACCACUAUAUGCAGGAUCGGAUUGAUGACAGUGGUUGGGGCUGUGCCUAUAGGUCUUUGCAGACAAUCUGCUCUUGGUUCAGGCACCAAGGCUACACUGAUAGACCUAUACCAACACACAAGGAAAUUCAGCAGGCACUGGUUGAUGCUGGAGACAAGCCUGCAGGAUUUCUUGGAUCACGGCAAUGGAUUGGUUCAAUUGAGGUACAGCUUGUUCUGAAUCAGCUUUUUGGAAUAACAUCCAAAAUAUUAUUUGUCAGCCAGGGUUCUGAACUAGCAUUGCAGGGAAGAGAGCUUGCUAAUCAUUUCAAGACUGAGGGAACUCCAAUUAUGAUUGGUGGAGGUGUUUUGGCUCACACGAUAUUAGGAGUGGCUUGGAAUGAGAUUACAGGGCAAAUAAAAUAUUUGAUUCUAGACCCACAUUACACUGGAGGAGAAGAUCUGCAUGUUAUUUUGGAAAAGGGCUGGUGUGGAUGGAAGGGCCCGGAGUUUUGGAACAAGGACGCCUAUUAUAAUCUGUGCCUACCUCAACGACCAAAAGCUAUUUAAAUUCCUCUCUUCUGCUGGAACAUGCUAUGCCAGAAUACUAGCUGAUCUAGAUAAAACUGUCCUGUUAUUUAUCAAAAGAAUGCUUUAAGUCAAUCAAAACUCAGUUGAAAUAGAAAUGUUGCUGGAGUAAUUUAAAUUAAGGAACUUUUUUUUUAAAAUGAAACCUCUAGAAAUAAGAGUUAUCUGCUGGGAACUGCUUUUCUUACAAGUGCAUUUAUUAGGCAACUAAUACUCUAUUCUUUUCCCUAAGGCAACGUUACAUUUAUAUAGCAUUUUUUGCUACGUUAAAAUCUCUAUAGAUUAAAUGCCCAAUCCUUUUAUUUUAUGGAAUUCUUUCAUGGUAAAAAGAUGAACUGUCCCCUGCCUUUCAGAUUCUACGCAGCCAGCUGUCUUGUGUAUCUGUUCAAAGGCAUUGUUUGCUGCUGGUACUGCCAAUGAAGGCCUUUUGGGAGUGAGAAAAAAAUGGCUAUAUGUACUGAAUUUUAUGAAUUCUACUCUCAUAUGUACACAGGAAAAAAAAAAUCAAGAGAA